AUCUCCUCUUUUUUAAUCCUUCUUUCUUUCUCUGUAUUGUAUACAUUUUAAUCAUACAUCAUGCUCGCACAACCUCCAAUCACUGUUUUUCCACCAGCAGGUCGUCGUAAGAGUAUCCGGCCCAUUUCAAUGGAAGGUUCCAUAACAGAUACAAGCAGCCUCACACGGAACACAGCAUCUAGUCUUGCUAAAAUGGUCAUCAAAUCACCAUCCCCAUCACCACAGCCAUUAGCUAAUAAAUCUAAGCGACGAGUGAUCAGCAGAAAGCCAUCACUAAACAACUUUAAAGUAGAUAGUAAAUAUCUACAAGACGUUUCACAAAAAAGAAGAAGCUCUUGGGCACCAAGCAGUGACCCAGCAAUAGAGAAGAAGCCGUCCCUUGAAUCCCCUGAGCUGACUCAUUCGAUAGCACCAAAACAACAAUCGAUUGAGGUAACUUUGAUGUUUCCGAGAUAAACAUUUGUUUUAUAUACUUACAUAAUAAUGAAUAAAGGCCAUACAUCAUCAUGAGUGUGAUCAACUGCGAAGGCACAUCUGUGCAGGUUGUGAUCGAAAUGUCAUUGUAAAUACAGACAUACAAAGUAGUACAGCCCAUAAACAAAAGAAAGAGUCAGCCAAUAGUAACAACAGCUCAACGA